UGCGACUCUUGCACAGGCAGCAGUAAUGUAUACCUGCUGUCUCCUGGUCCACGCAUGGCAUCGCUGAGAGGUGGCAGAAGCUAUUAGGUUGCACAAAUGUUCGAACCAGCAGACCGUCUGCAAUGGUUCCCCAUGCCACCUUUGCUCCUUGUGGGCAGGCUUGGACUCUGGGCUUUCUCAGUCGAAACAGAACUCACGUUGCUUGCCUUCCUUCUAUGAGACAUGGAAAACAAAGCUUAUAAAGUUGAAGGCACGUGGCACCUACCCCAAUGCAAACACACUCUGGAGCGUGAGAAGAAGAAGAAGACCAAGCCUCCCCCAGGAACAGUGUCUGUGGCCACCGGUAAAAGUGGGCCCGCAGUUACAGUCAUCGAGAUUUCCCCUGAGACAACCGAGGUCAAUGAUUACUACUUGUGGUCCAUCUUCAACUUUGUCUACCUGAACUUUUGCUGCCUGGGCUUCAUCGCACUGGCCUACUCUCUGAAGGUCCGAGACAAAAAACUCUUGAACGACCUCACGGGAGCUGUGGAAGAUGCAAAGACGGCACGACUGUUUAACAUAACGAGCUCAGCGCUUGCGACCCUCACCAUCAUCAUCGUGCUGUUGUACCUGCGCUCCCCACCUGCUCACUAUUAG